UCAACAGUUAAAAAUUGUGCUGAGCUGCACAGAUCUGGUCAGAGAAUCAGUGGUAUUUAUACAAUCAAAACUGACAACUCACAAGCCUUUGAUGUAUAUUGUGAUCAGACAACAGACGGUGGAGGCUGGACGGUGUUCCAGAGAAGACUAAAUGGUUCCGUCGAUUUCAACCGCAGUUGGUCUCACUACAAACAUGGUUUUGGAAGUUUCCUCGCUGGUGAAUUUUGGCUUGGACUGGAUAAGGUCCACCGGCUGACUCAAGAGAAGAAAAACAACACGCUUAGAGUGGAUCUCGGGGGUGAUUCUAAAGAAAUCGUUUACGCUGAAUAUAAAUGGUUUGGAAUUGCGAACGAAGCGGAUAAGUACCAGCUGAACAUUGGCAAUUUGGCAAGUAAGUCAAUAAAUACAGUAAAUGGUUUGAACCCGGGGGUAACAUGUAAUAGUGUAGUUUGAUCGUCCGGGUCACUGUAGUCCUGAGAAGGACUAUUGUCGGUAGUGGUGACUGACGUUUCGACAACCUGAGCGGAAGUCAUCAUCAGAGUCAAGUGAAAGGUUGUUGUCAGUCGAAUAUACUUACACAAACACACAAACACACAAACCGGACUAAGUACAUUCGACUGACAACAACCUUUCACUUGAAUCUGAUGAUGACUUCCGCUCAGGUUGUCGAAACGUCAGUCACCACUACCGACAACAGUUCCUCUCAGGACUACACUCACCCGGACGACCAAACCACACUAUUAUAAGUCAAUAAAAGCAAUAUUUAAUGACAGGUAGCUUCGUUGCGUCACAAUUAAUAAAACAGUGAAGCAAAAGCAUACAAUUUUCUGGAGGAAAAGGAAAAUAAAAUGAUUGUAGCACCUUUCAGUUUUCCCGGUCUUGAAAUCAAAGCCAGAGGAUAGAGAAGAUGAAUUUGGUCCAUCGAGUAUAAACAAAACGACUACGAGAGCUCAGUUAUAGCCAUCGCUAUUAUCGAACUUAGCUUCAUAUGAACUUUUUAACAAUACAUCACCUCGAUUAUUUUUUCUUGUAAACGUUUUCAUCUAGACUAAGUACUUUGUGAGCAUAUUACCGCAUGGAUAUGUGCUGUUACAUUAAUGAAUAGAUUUCGCGUAGUAUGUCCUUUAACGAGUCCCUGACUCAGCAAAGGGUCUGAAAAUCUGAUCUCUAAAGCAAGUAUUAAAGCUCAAUGUAGCAGUGCUCAGAUUCACGUUUUUCUUUUCCUUCCCUACUCAUCUUCUCGAGAUUAAAGAAAUCUUUUUUUCCCAUUCUAUUUUCAUCGUGACAAAAAUUGAGCUGAAGUUUCAAAGAAGUUAUGAGUGGAUAUUAAUUUUUUAACAGAAGCGACUGUCCAUGAUUCUCUCAGUGCUCAUAAUGGCUCAAAUUUUAGCACUUGGAAUCAAAAGCAUUACAACUGUCCCGGAAAAGUAACAGAAAGCUGGUGGUUCCCGGAAGGCUGUGAAAUUGGUUCAAAUCUAAACGGAAUUUAUGGAUGGAAAGAAGACGCAAUUUAUGGAGGCAAAGAAGGCGCAAAGAUUCAUUGGAGAAAAUUUGAUCUUACAGAUCCUACUCGCGCUCCCAUAACAUCAGAGAUGAAAAUCAGACCUGCAAACUUCAAACGGCGAUAA